AUGGUACGGCCCUGUCUGUGUUUUCCGGAGGGGCAGACUCAGCAUGUGGAUUGCGAGGUCAGCGGCAAGAAGGCCGAGCUCAUCUUGCGCCUUUCAGAUCCAGAGGUGCAAGCGCAGGCUCGGGCGCGGCGCCCUCGGCCUCCGCCGUUUGUGGUGCGUGGGCUGGGUCUCGAAAGUGGUGGAAAGACGGCAAAGGGCAGCAUGCAGCUGACGCUUGAGACGCUUAAACAUGUCAUCGUCUCCCUCGAAGAGCAAGACGAGCUGGCAGAAGGAGGCCCUUCAGCAUUGCGGAGUCUCUUGGAGUGGCGGCGCAAUGAAGCGCGACUGGGCUUUUUGCGGCCUCUUUUGAAGAGUUGCCGAAAGCGCUCAGCCGGGUGGCGGGUGCAUCCUCAGCUGAACUUGAACACCGUCACUGGCCGGCUCUCCAGUCGGAAUCCGAACGUGCAGGGUGAGCCUGUGAAGCAUUCGAUCAGGUCGGUGGUUGCUGCACAGGCGGGUAGGCGGCUGCUGGUGGCAGACUAUGCCCAACUGGAGUUGCGCCUGGUAGCACAUCUCACAGACUGCAAAUCCAUGAUCAGCCUUCUAAGUCAGGGCGGCGACAUUCACUCCCGCACCGCGUACCGCAUGUUCGAGGAGGUCCGGCAGGCUGUGGACGCUGGCGAGGUGGCGCUGGACGAAUUGGACGACGGUGAGGGAAGUGAAGGAGUGCCCUUGGUCAAGGAAGUCUUCUCGGAGCUACGGAGACGUUCCAAGACCUUGAAUUUUUCCUUGCUCUAUGGGAAGACAGCCUUCUCCCUGGCCAACGACUGGGGCCUGACGCAGGAUGAGGCUCAGGCAGUGAUCGACCGCUGGUUCGCAGCCUUCCCAGAGAUCUCAACCUGGAUGAAUGUGCAGCACAGCGCUGCAAACAGCGCAGCAAGCGAUGGGUCGGGCGACAGGGCGGUUGCCACACUGCUGGGACGUCAACGGGUUCUACGGAAGACGACGAGCUUCAGAGAGAGGAGCCGCAUGAGGCGGGUGGCGGGCAACACGCCCGUGCAGGGCUCGGCUGCAGAUUUGGUGCUCAGCGCUAUGCUCGCGGUGGAGCGCAGCGAGCUCCUCAGACAGCUCGGCUACCAGCUUAUCCUCCAGAUCCAUGAUGAGGUCAUCUUGGAGGGUCCUGAGGAGCACGCUGAGGAAGCCCUCGCUGAGCUGGUCAGGCUGCUGGAAGACCCCUUCCCCUUCAAGCUCAAGGUGCCGCUGACAGUAGACGCCUGCCGCGGAAAUUCCUCAGCCAUGAAACUCACUUCCAAAGAAAACUUCUCUUCCCAGGGCAACGGCCUGCGAUGGCGCGAAGAGGCCUGCGUCUGGAGCGUCAGUGCUGCCGAAUACCGGCGGCUACAGGACGAGGCCUACAUCAACAAGCUUGGCAGCGGGGGGUUCCCAAAUCGCGGAUCGCUCAAUUGCAGCGUGCGAGUAGCUUUCCUGGAAGGCCCGCUGCCUUGCAAGCGCUCGCUUUGCCAUAAGGCUGCAGGCCAGGCAAACUGCACCAGGCGUUUGCUGCGCAGAGCUGAGGCCUUGCUGGCAGCCUUGGUGGAUGCCUGCUGCCUGCUCCCUUUGUGGCCACCUGAGAAAAGUUCCGCUCCUGCGAAGUGUCUUUGCUGCAAGUUUCUGGGCGUCAGGGCUGCAGCGUUCACCACAGCUUCUCUGACACUUCCCCUCCUGCUCUACGCACCCCUGCUGCUGGAAGCCUUGCGAAGGAGCCUUCACUCAUUUGCUCGCAUGCCUCACAUUGCUCGAACUGCAAAGACGAAAGACGGGCUUGGUGAGGCUCAGACGCCGCGAUUGGAUCCGCGCACGGUCCUCAGCCAUUUGGUCAUGGUUUCCACCUGCAUCGUCAUCCUUGCGGUAGACUUCGCAUCGCUGUUCCCGCGGCACCACGCGAAAACAGAGGAGUUCGGAUACGCACUAAUGGAUCUGGGGACGGGCUGCAUCAUCUUUGCCUCUGCAGUCUCAGGCUCGCGCCGUCCGCACGGUGAGAAGCGUGGCUUUUUCGUUAAACUUUGGCCAGUGAUGCUUCUGGGCGGCACGCGCGCGGCCUUUCUUUGGGGCAUUGAUUAUCAUGUGCACGUCUCCGAAUAUGGUGUACAUUGGAAUUUCUUUUUUACGAUUGCCGUGGUGGCACUCGUGUCGACAACCCUGGAGCUGCAGAAAACAGCCUUGCAAUCCGCCGUCGCGGGCUUGGCAGCGGCCAUCGCCUACCAGAUCUUUCUGAGCGCAGGUGGAGGUGAGUAUUUGCUCUAUGCCCCACGCGUCGGUCUCUUUUCUGCGAACCGUGAGGGCAUCUUGAGCUCCGCAGGCUACCUGAGCCUCCACUGGCUUGGUGUCAGCGUGGGCUGCUUGCUGAGGAAUUCACCGUCUGGGAGGGUGGUGCUGCAGCUGUUGGCGCUCUCGGCACUGAGUGGUGUGGCCACGUUCAUCAUGAGCACGGCCGGCCUGGAGGUGUCGCGUCGCAUGUGCAACCUGCCCUAUAUUUUGUACACCUUUUCCAUAAACACGUGGGUGUUGGCUUUGCUGGGGCUCGUGGACCUCGUCUCAGUCCUCCCGAGGCCGCCCAUCUCCCUUACUCUGGCAGGGGUCUCAGAGUCGUUGCUCGUUGUGUUUCUGCUUGCAAACCUUCUCACGGGGGCCAUCAACCUGGCCCUGCAGCCGCUACUGCUGCCGAGGACCCCCGCCAUGCUGGUGAUGGCAACCUAUUGCGUCUCCUGGUCGGCGCCGGUGGCCUUUCUGCACGCCAAGAGCUUUCGACUGAAAUUCUGGUGA